GCGCUGCAGCAGCAGCAGCAACAGCAGCCUUGUAUCGUCAGCAACAGAGGAUGAGUCGACGGAGCAGCAGCAGCUGCAGCAGCUGCAGCAGCUAGAGAUAGAGCGUGCUGCAGCAGCAGCAGAACGGAACCAACACCCAAACAACGUCCCCUUCGGCUUCUCUGCUGCUGCUGCUGCUGCUGCUGCUGCUGUAAGAGCAUCAGCAGCAGCACGAGGAUUCUUCAGGCCAGCAGCAGCACCUCAUCGCAUCAGCAGCAGCAGCAGCAGCAGCAGCAGCAGCAGCAGGGUCAUCCCCGCAAUGCAUGCAGGCAGCAUCUUCACCUCCGCAGUAGACCUCCCGCAGCAGCAGCAGCAGCAGCAGCAGCAGCAGCAGCUUCGUCGGCGGGCGGUACCGACAGCCGCACAGUCAUCUCCUCCAGCAGCAGCAGCAGCAGCAGGAGAAGCAACAGCAGCAGCAGCAGCAGCAGAAGCAGGAGCAACAGAAACAGCAGAUGCAGCAGCAGCUGACGCUGACGGAGCAGCAACAAGAGGAACAGCAGCAACAGCAGCAGCAGCUACAGAACCAGCAGCAACAACAGCAGCAACAGCAGCAACAGAACCAGCAGCAGCAGCAGCAGCAGCAGCAGAACCAGCAGCAGCAGCAGCAGCAGCAGAAGAGAGACGAGGCCGCUUAGCUGCUGCUUUCUCCCUACGGCGGUCCUUCCUAGGCCCCUCAGCCGUCCCCCCCACCGCAGCAGCAGCAGCAGCAGCAGCAGCAGAACCAGCAGCAGCAGCAACAGUAGGCCGUCGUCGUGUAGGUAGUGUGCUGACAAUCCGACAGCAGCAGCAGCAGCAGCAGCAGCAGCAGGAUCAGCAGCAGCAGCAGCAGCAGCAGCAGCAGCAGCAGCAGCAGCAGCAGGACGAUUCUCCCCCGUCUGAAGAGCCUCCUGUGCAGCCUCCUCCUCCUCCUAACAGCAGCAGCAGCAACAGCAGCAGCAACAGCAGCAGCAGCAGCAGCAGCAGCAGCAGCAGCAGCAGGUAUCAGCCUGAGCUAUACUUUGUGAUUUGUUCUCUUCUGGGGGGUUCUUCUCGUGCUGCAGUGCAGCAGCAGCUGCUGCAGCUGGGUGUUAUUGAGAUACUGACGCAGCUGCUGGAGGCGCAGAUCUGGUUCAGAGUGGACCACCGAGUGGACCACUGGUCACACCAGCACCAGCAGCAGCAGCAGCAGCAGCACCAGCAGCAGCAGCAGGGGGAGCAGCAGGAAAGAAAAAUAGAAGAAAUAGACAGGAGACAAACCAGAGAAGGAGAAGACACACCAGCAGCAGGAGCAGCACCAGCAGCAGCAGCAGCAGCAGCAGCAGCAGCAGCAGGAGAUUCUCCAUCCCGUCAUCAUCAACCGUCUUCGACAGACAGCAGCAGCAGCAGCAGCAGCAGCAGCAGCAGCAGGAGGCGUCGAAUGCGUGUGAGUGGCAGCAGCAUAUACGACGACCUAAACUUGCAACCAUUCUCAUCCCCUCCAUCUGCAGCAGCAGCAGCAGCAGCAGCUGCUGCUGCAGCCCCCACACCAGCAGCAGCAGCAGCAACAGCAGCAGGAGGAGCAGCAGCAGCAGCAGAGUUCUGCUGCUGCGAGGCCUCUCUGUGUGCGUUUGCUCUGGAGCUGCUGCGGCUGAUCCACGAUGUGGGGGACUACGACGCCGGCUGUGUUGCUGCAGCAGCAAAAAGACAGAUGCUGACGCAGCACGAGAGAAACAGCAUAAUGCAUGCAUGCAGACAAACUAAGAACCUCUUUGUUUUUUCUCCCACUAUUAAAGUUGUCGCCCAGAAUAUACUUGUCUUUCAUUCACACCCACUUGUUGAUACGCAUGCAUCCAUCGUGCAGCAGCAGCAGCAGCAGCAACUGCUGCUGCAGCAGCAGCAGCAGCAGCAGCAAAGGGAGAUGCAGAUGCAGCAGCAGCAGCAGCAGCAGCAGCAGCAGCAGCAGCACGCGAUGCAGCAGCAGCAGCUAACUCGGAUGGCAAUAGAUGCAGAUGAUACACCACAAGACGAACAGCAGCAGCAACAGCAGCAGCAGCAGCAGCAGCAGCAGCAGCAGCAACAGGAAGAGGAAGAGCCUGCCUCCAGCUCCAACAGCAGCAGCAGCAGCAGCAGCAGCAGCAGCAGGAGCAGCAGUUCCUCAUUACCCACAACAACAACGAGCACCGCACCUUUCCCCGCCGCCACCACCACCGCCACCACCACCACCACCAGCACCAGCAGCAACAGCAGCAGCAGCAGCAGCAGCAGCAGCAGCAGCGAUUCAGCAGUUACUCCGAGUGUAUCUGGUGGUCGUAUCCCUCGUUUGUGUGUGCGUUAUAUAUUUAAGGGGACGGUGGGGUUGUUGUCGCGUCUUAUUUAUAUUUAUAUAAAUGAAUGUGUUUCUUCUGUUUAUAAAUUUUGGGUUGCUGCUGCUCUCGAAGCAUGCAUACGUGGGGCUGACCCACUCAUUAAGGUUUUUGCUGCUGAAAGGGGGCUCCUGCAUGCGCUACUCAGAGAUAUACACACCAUUGCUCUGCAGCAGCAGCAGCAGCAGCAGCAGCAGCAGCAGCUGCAGCUGCAGCAGCAGCAGCAGCAGAAGCAGAAGCAGGUCAAGCAGCAGCAGACGACGGGUUGUUCUCUUCCUUGCUCUGGAGACAACAGCAGCAGCAGCAGCAGCAGCAGCAGCAGCAGCAACAGCAGCAGCAGCAGCAGUAGCAGCAGCAGCACUGCGCAUCGGGGUAUGCUGCAGUCGUGCUGCGACUUAUUGGGGGAGUUAGUAAAGUUCAAUCCUUAUAUUCUGCUGCUGCUGCAGCAGCAUCUUGCUGCUGAUGCUGCUGCUUUCUCUGUCUUUGUUGAUCUGCUGCUGCAGCACCUCAUCGACACAAAUGUUUUAAUUAGGAGUUUAUACUUAACCACAGAGUUCUGUAUUCAGACAGCAAGAGUACACACACUAGCAGCAGCAGCAGAAACAGCAGCAGCAGCAGCAGCAGCAGCAGAUGCAGGUGCAGCAGCAGCAGCAGCAAAUGGUGCUGCUGCAGCAGCAGCAGAUGCUGCAACAGCAAAUGGUGUUGCAGCAGCACCACAAGCGGUACCAACGGAUAGUGAUAGAACAGCACCAGCAGCAACAGCAGCAACAGCAGCAACAGGAGCAGCAGCAGCAGCAACAGCAGCAGCAGCAGCAGCAGCAGAGAAGAAACGUUUGCUUCCUCUUUGGCGUCAGCUGCAUUUCUACGAUCGCAACGCAUGCAGCCCCGUUACCCUUCACGGGGGUCUCCUCGACCCCCAAAAGCAGCAGCAGCAGCAGCAGCAGCAGCAGCAGCAGCAGCAGCAGCAGCAGCAGAUAUCUUGUGCUGCUCAGGAUAGAAGCUCCAAGCAGCAACAGCAGCAGCAGCAACAGCAGCAGCAGCAGCAGCAGCAGCAACAGCAGCAGCAGCAGCAGGAGCAGCAGCAGCACGAAUAUAAAUAG